CUGCGGGACACUCGGAGACGACUCCGCAGACCUUUCUCGGCUACUGUGCUGGUGAGGCACAAAUGUAAGUAACAUUAUUGCCUUGUACACUAUCGCAUGUCAAGAAGAUUACGGCAACCUUGAAAGAGACCACUCGCAACUGUCGCAGAGAGAUCAGGACCCAAUGCUCUAUCUGAUACACGCCGCGAAGAGCAUCUCUAAGCAGUGCUGGGCUCUUGAAUGCCUUGAUGCCUCACUCGACCGGCCCAACGUACCGCCGCUCCGUUCUCCACCCUGUCGCCGUGGCCUCUUCAUUGCUUGUUAAGUACAAGCUGCAACGCCGUACACGAAUACAUCUCGUUCGCCUCUUUGACACAAUGCUGUUCUUCUUCGGCCUGGGGAACCUCUUCUACGUCUUCAUCCUCCUCACGAACGCCGUCGCCGUCCUCUCCGAAGAUCGUUUCCUCGCUCGCAUUGGAUGGGGUAGCAGCGCGCAAGCCGACCAGUUUGGCGGCCCAGAUACAGCAAGCUUCAAGGCCAAAAUGAUCAACCUGAUAUCAUCGAUACGAACCGUUAUGAGGAUACCGCUCAUCGCAAUCAAUACGUUAGUCAUAGUCUAUGAGUUGAUACUGGGAUGAGGCGUCUUGUAAUAGUUAUUGCGUAUAGCCGAUGGCUUGUCGGGCUCAUGUG